AUGGAAAAUAAAACAAAAUUAUAAAUUUUGUGUUGCAGCAACUAAGUGUUGAUUCGAAAAAGUAGUUUUUCAUCACAAAAAAAGCACAUAAAUUGCUAUUUAUUCGUCUUUUUUUAACUGCAGCUGUUGAAUACAACAUUUUGAAGAUAGAAAAAUCUAAAAAGAUCUGUGAUACAUAUAAAACAAAAAAUUUCAAUGUGAAUAAUUAGAGCAACGUAAAAGGGAUCACAAAUGUUUUGCAUGGCGAUAAGGUUUCAAAUGAAUCGCAAGGAAAACAAGCAAAAGAAAUCCGGAAUCGCGUUAAUUGUUCGCCCGACUUUAAUCGAAUAGCCGAAUUAGAGUUUCUUCAAUUCCAUCAUCUCUGCAGCUAUCGCCGUCAUUAUUUCAACAUCAUAAAUUUUUGCGGAAAUAUUUCGAAAUUUAGCUUUACAAUUUUUGGACCAGAGGCUGUGCAAUUCCAAUAUCAAUUCUUUGCCAAACAAGCGUCGAUUCAAGCGGACAGACAGAUUGAUUUGACAACCGUUUCCGGCCAUUGAUUGGAAAAGUAGCAAAUGUUUCUGCGGUAAGGAAAAAGUCGUAUCGCUGAUUUUUGUAGCGAUUUUUAGCCAACAAAAAUCGAGUGAAAUUUGGCGGCUAAGAACGAGUAAUAUCAACACAGACUAAACAAUUAACUAUUUAAAAAUUGAUAACCAAACUGUACGACGAUCGUCACGAAUAGUGACAUCGAAAAUCCGCAACGAAUCCAAAAACAUGUCGAGUGAACCCGACUGUACGGCAUCAUCUGGUGGUUCCGGAUUCUUGCUGGAGUCAUCAUUGAGCAACAUCAUUAACCAUCGCAAAAGUACGAUUAAUAAUAAAAUCAACAACAACAACAACAACAACGAAGAUACCGACUGUGACCUAGAAAGCGUCCAUAAUAAUAACUCAAAUCAUAACAGUGAUAGCAACAACAACAACACAAACAACAAUGGUAACAAUACAAAUAAUAUUAAUCAUGCAGCAGCUGCAACGACAACAGCAUCGAGUAGCCUGUUGGGCGAUAGUGCAACAAAUUUGGAUGGGAAAUUUAAUUUUUUUGGUAUAGAUACAUUAAAAUGCGAUCGAUGUGAUAAAUUUGAAACGAUAUCGCAUGCCCUGUUGUUGGUACAUGUGGCUCAGUGUCGGGGCGAUUCGAAUAGUUCAAACAGCGGAUCUAGUCGACAGCAAUAUCCAAUGGAUGUAGUAAAUGCAAGCACCGAUAGCGGCAUAGCUGAAGAUGCAACACAGUCGACCAUGGAUUCAACAUCGGUGACUGCCUCAUCGUCCACCAUUAACAUGAAUAGUGACAGUAGCAGUUUGCAACUGAAGCAAAAUGCCGAUGCAAAUAAUGGUAAUGUGGCACAGAGGAAGCUAUUUGAAUGUGAUGUGUGCAAUAUGAAAUUUUCCAAUGGAGCCAAUAUGCGAAGGCAUAAAAUGCGACACACUGGAGUCAAGCCAUACGAGUGUCGAGUGUGUCAAAAGCGAUUCUUUCGAAAAGAUCAUCUUGCUGAACAUUUUACAACGCACACAAAAACACUUCCGUACCAUUGUCCAAUUUGUAAUCGAGGAUUUCAACGGCAAAUCGCAAUGCGAGCCCAUUUCCAAAAUGAACAUGUCGGCCAAAAUGAUCUCGUCAAAACCUGUCCUUUGUGCAAUUAUCGAGCGGGCACCAUGAAAUCGCUACGAAUUCACUUUUUCAAUCGGCAUGGCAUCGAUUUAGAUAAUCCAGGCCCAAAUGCACCGUCAUCGCUUCUACUCGCAUUGGAUGCAUCAAACGCUAGCAGUUAUCUGCCAUCUAUAGCAUUGGCAGCGGCCGCUGCCGCUGCUGCCGCCAGUUCCGCAAAUAAUUCAGCACUCUCAAUGGCUGCCAAUAACAAUAGCAACAGCGUUACAGCCUACAGUGACAGUGGCGAUUCUAUGCAGGACUCAUUACGAUCAGCUGAAAACGGAACACCGCCGAUGCACUUUUUGACUCCGCAUGUUGAAAUUUCCAUGGCAGAUAAUGACAGUUUCAAAUCGGAACCAAUUCCACCGAGUAUUAGUUCAGCGCUCGAAAUUCAAGCGUGCCCAUCAAUGAAUAGACCAUUAAAUGGUGGCUCACCAUCACCACAUUCGGCAGAUUCCAAUGCACCAACUAGCUCUCAAUCAUUAAUAAGUAGCGCUUUACAAAGUUCGCGUCAAAGUUUACUUCAUGAUGGACAAAUAACACCGUCAAUCAGUCUUAUACCAAUUAAACAGGAACCCGGUUGUGAUGAGUAUGAUAGUUUGUCAAAAUCUUCACAUCAACAAAGUGGCGAUCAACAAUCAUCGUCAUCAAUGCAAAAUUUAAACUCAAUCACAACGAAUUCGGUCGAAUCCAGUGCGGCGUCUUCAUCGAGUCUGACCUCCUUAAUCAAAGUAUCUCCUUUGAAAUCACUAUUACGUGAAGAUUUAAAAAGGCGAAUAUCGGCUCGAGCAAGUAGUCGUGCUUCACGAAACAAUAGCAAUGCCAAUGGAAAUAAUAGCGAAAGCAUUAACAAUGGAUCCAACGGCAGCAAUGCAAAUAGUUCAACCACAUCCAGUCCAGCUGCAACUCAAAAUUCGUCGUCGUCAAUAUCAUUCAGUAAAAUUGGAAGCAGUGCAUCGUCCAUUGCGAAUACGAUGAAUGCGAUCAGCCAGCAUUUAUUGUCCAAUUCAUCGAUUACUGUUACAACUGAGUCGACAACAACGUCAUCGGGCUCAUACAAUGGAACGACCACAUCACGUAGUCCAUUGGGUGCUGUGGCAACAACAUCAAAUGGUGCAAUCACAUCAACGGGCACAUCAGAAACGGAACUUUUGCUAGCGGCGGUAUCAAGUGGACAUCGAGGCAAACGAAUGCUUCAAUGCUUAUUCUGUGGCAUUGAAUUUCCCGAUCAAACUUUAUAUUUCUUGCAUAAAGGUUGUCAUAGCGAGAGCAACCCAUGGAAGUGCAAUAUAUGCGGCGAACAAUUGAAUAAUGUUUAUGAAUUCAAUUCGCAUUUGUUAAGUAAGAGUCAUCAAUAGAAUUGGUUCAGUUCGUUCGUGUCAGCACGAGCGAAUUUAAUAUCCAGAGUACUAUCCCAAAACACAAUCAUCGAUCAACUGCUUGCAUUUGAUAUGCAACAAUGAUGAGUCACUUAAAUGUACGCGCACAGAUCCCAAAACUGAUUUUAGUCAAAAUGAAAUAUUGAAAUCAAAAUCCAACGAUAUUUAAAAAAGAAAAUGAUGUUGAAGACAUACAUAUGUUCAUAGUUCCGAUGGAAUAUUCACAAGCUCUGGCCAAUUAACAAGCGAUUUAUAUUUUUAAGGUAUUUCAUUCCAGUAUAAACAAAAUGAAAAACAAAAAACCAACACACAUCAUAUAUUUUUUGAAAUUAUAAGAAAUCAAUAACGAAUUACGAACGGGAUUCUACAGAAGCGCAACAAUGCUAGGGCAUUCAGGAGGAUGGUAUAAGAGAAAACAAAAACUAAUUAAAAUUAUAAAAACGUUAACAACAACAAAGAGUGCAAAUUUUUUAAGUAACAAUUGACUAGAAAUUAUUAUGGAAUUAUUAACAACAACAAUAAAAAAUUAAUUGAAAAACCGAAAUUCAAGUGGUUCAAAUGGAAAAAGAACUAUAAACAGCAAAAAUAAAUAGAACAGCUUCUGAUGAUGAUGAAUGCAACGAAUUGGUCAAAAAUGUUCAAAGCAUUUCGCCAAAUAUGUUCAAAGAGCAAGAACACACGCGCUUCCAUUCAGAGUGAGCCGUGUGUGUAACAAACAAAAUCAAAUCCUAGUUGUAUAAAAUUAACUUUAUUUAAAUGAAAUCUUGAACGAACAAUUCCAGUGAAAUAAUUGGAAGCAAAUCAACGCCAAGUAACGGAGCAAACAUUUAUAUAUUUUAAAUGAAUCCAAACUCGAUUUUAUUUGAUACAAAAAUGGAAAGUGUGAUGAAUUUACUAUUAUUGUUUGUCUCGUUCUGUUUUUUUUUCUGUUUUUUAAUUUAUCGAAAUCAAUUGGUGCUGAGCAUAUUUAAAUAAUAUUGUAGAAUGUAAUGGUUAUGGUAUCAAAUGGCGUUUUGUAUUAAUUUUUUUGUUUUGUUUCAAUCGAAGUUAAUUUGAGGAUAACGAUUUUUUUUUCGUCUUUCACAUAGUUGAAAUGACCAGUAUUUUCACGAUACAAUUAGAUUUACAAUAGAAUAUUGAAAUUCUUUUCAGAGCAUCCAUCUCCGUCCAUAAUUUUCAGUUAGUUCAUAAUAAGUUCCAUUUUCAGUUCACGAUGAUUUUUAAUGAAGACUUCCCAACACUGAGUUUGCACUAUAAGUUUGUUUGUUUUAUAUUUUUUACUUAAAUGAAAUUAAUCUUGGCGUCUUUUGAAGUGAAGCAGAAAAUUUAAAUGAACGUCAGGUCGGAGAUGAUAAUGAAAUCGAUCUUUUUUUCGGAGCAAAAAUUCAAAAAUUGUUUUGCAUUGAAGUAAAAGGAAAGUUGUGAUAGAAUUGUCCAUUGUUUUUAUUUUCUUCAAAAGGAAUGUAUGGAUAAAUUGAGGAUUGAAUGCAGUAUUUCAAUCAAUUUAAAACGAUGAUGUAAAUUUAAUUUAAAACAAAUUUCAAGAAAGAUAGAAUCCAUAAAUAUGGCGAGCAACCACACAAUGAAAAAAAAAACGAAAUUGCAAUAACCAUUGAACAACAACAACACAAUAACAACAAAACAUAAAACUGACAACAAAUGAAAAAUAAUGUUACAAACUGAGGUGCCUUCAAUUUUUUUUACACAAAUCAUAUAAAAUUCAUAAUAAAAACGAACAAACAAAUAAAACCCAGGAUAGACAAUGUUCAUUUUCGUACCAAAUAAGCAGAUAAGAAGGUCAUCCGAUAGAAUCAUAGAAUAUAUCAAAUCAAAAUGAAUUGCGAUUGAAUUUAUCACGUUUGUGAUGCGAUGGCAUUACAAAUAUUUUGGUAAAUAUUUCGUGAAUUCAUCCACAAUAAACAUUCUAAAAAUGCAACUGUUAACACCGUACAAACACUUAAAAUACAAAACAAAUCUGGCCUGAGCCAAUACUGCAGCAAAAAAUUUAAAUGAAUACAAUUGUUUUCUACAAUAAAAACAAAUAAUAAUGACGAAAAACGAUAUGUACAAAUUUUAAUAAUGAAAUAUAUAAAACAAAAAAAUGUGUCGUUAUGAAUGAACGAGAAAUUUUCCUAAUUCAUAGCAAACAACAUUUAAAAGAAAAAUACCCAAAUGGGUGAAACAACAUGAAACUAACUGAAAUCGCUACUUCGAAGCCAAUCGGCAGCCUUAAAUUUUUAGACAAACAAAAACCUAAAUAAAAUGAAAAAAAAAAUGAAGAUUAAAAAAGAAUGGAAUUUAUGUGAUCAAUCAUUUUUUUUAUUAGUAAAUAACGAAAUACAAUCCAUUUGGGAAACGUUUUCCAGAAUAUAUCCUAUAGCUCCAGUUCGAAACCAUUUUCAUUGGAAGAAUUCUGUACAAAUAAACAGUAAUUGUGAGGAUGCAUUCCUUGCAUAGCAAAUUCGUACUCAUUUUUUUCGGUUUCUUUUUUACAUUAUGUAUCCAAAUGUGUUCAGAUCGUACGAGAAUCUCAAAGUAAAAAAAAAAUCAGAAUAUCAUAAUAAAACCUGCACAUAAACAAACCAACAAAAUUGUAGCAUCUUUUGCAAAUGAUGCAUAUUUUAAAUGUUUCAAUCAUUUGACUUUCGCUCCAUUUUUUUCCAAUCAUUCUUAUAAUGCGGCGAAUCGCAAACAAAAUAACAAAAAAUUAUUGUAUUUUUCCCCCCCAAAAUUUAGACAAACAAACCGGAACAUUUUUUUGCUAAAGGUGUAUUUAUCAUGAAGUGGCGUGUUUUUUCCUGAUUUUCACAGUGUGAUCAUUACAUCACUUAGCAAAAUUAUAAAAAAAAAAAACAUUAAGCUAGUUCUUUGCAAAAUAAUUUUUUUUACUAAAUUGCUUGCAUGUGUACAUGUUGUAAAAUUGAAAUUUAAUCUGAAUGUACUUAAUUUUAUUAUUCAAAAAAUUAAAACGCAUAUGUGAAAAGGUGGUCGCAACUGAUUCGGGUUGUGUAGCAUGAAAGUUCAUCCGAUAUAGAUGACUUAAGCAAAUGGUUUCAAAAUAACGGCUCUAAAGCCGUCAAAUUUAAAACUAUAAUCGGAAAUUAUUCGAAUGAGAUAUGAUGAUUUAAUUAAACAAAAUACAAAAAUGCGUCAUUUGUAUUUUUAAAUUUAGUACAUAAGUUGAACGAAAUGAGAACAUGAAAAAUUAAUCCCAACCAAUUACAAAGAAAGUGAAAUAAACAAAUACUUAUAGUGAAACAAUUGUUAACGCAAAUACAUCCAUUAUUAUGCAUAUGUUCACGGUCAGAUUUGAGGCAGCAUUUUUCUUUUCGGUAUAGUUUCAGUCACAUCGCAAUGGAAGUUGAAAUAAAAAGUUCAAUUUGAAAUUGACUUGAUUCAUCGCCAUCGAUAAACUCUUUUAACCGAUGGCAAUGCCACAAAAUACUCAAAAGCCCAACACAGUAACAAAAAGUUACAUUUUAUAAUUACUUGAAAUUUGUGCAGAAUAAAAUGUCGUUUGUCUUUUGUUUAUAUUUUAACGGCGAAUUUUUAUUCAAUGCUUGUAAAUCUCUAAUGCGAUGUUUGAAAAAUAUAUAUAUAUCACUGGGUGGUAGUAAAUUCAAACUGUGUCGACAAUUUUAUUUGAAAAAAAAAACUAUGCAUAUUAACUACGUUCCAAUUGACCACAUAAUGGGCCAAAACAUUACUUUUUUUCGAUGUAAAAUUUUCUAAAGAACGUUUCAUAAUUGUUUCUUUAUUAAUUAAUUAAAUUGACAAUUCGGUAUAUCUUGUGUAUAACGAGGUCAGUUGGCAAAAAUGAUAUCCGUGUCUGCCUUCCUUUUUGUUUAUUGAAUAAGUUCAAUUUAUUACACCAAAACUCCACAUUCCAUUCUUGUAUUUAAAAAAGAAGAAGAAGAAACAAACACACAAACAAAACUACAUCUAUUUAUACAUAUAAAUAUGUGAACAUACAUUAUAUCUAUAUAUUUAAUGAAUGAAUUGAGAGAAUUGCAUUGCAAGUGGUCAACCAGUGUUUGUGAAUUGAGAUGGAGAUGGUGAAAUGAAAUAUGCAGGGAAAAUGGGGAUAUAAAAAAAGCGUGCUGUGACAUUGAAAGACGUAACUCACUGAAACGUCAGUUGACCUAGGUAUUAGAAAAAAAAUUGAAUCGAACUUGCAAAGCGUCGGCUAAGUAGAAGAAAUUAAAUGAAAGAACAGAAUGAAACCAAUGAACAAAGAAUUAAUUAUUAUUAUAGAGAAAUAUAUUUUAUUGCUUUAAUAACAAAUUAAGUUAAAUGGCAUAUUUAUAUAUACAUUAUACACAUACAAAUUGAUGAAAAAGUGAUUAAAGAGUAAUUUUUUUGUUGUGUAUCCAUAGAAAUCUUGAGAGAAAUAAACAUGUAAAUGAGGUUGAGUGUGACACGAAAUUUUAGUAUAGCUGUAUGAAUCAUUUGGAUCGUGAAUGUUUUUGAUGACAAUAACAGUGCAACAACAUCGACGUCAAAUUACUCACACAAAUCUUAUCAUAUAUAUAUAUUUUUCAAUACUAACUAAUGAAUCCAAAUCUUGCCAAGAUUUUGUGAUUUUUUUUGUCACAUGUCCAAAGGCCUAGCAAACAUACUGGACAUUAAUAUUCGCGUCAAGAGGUUGCCGAAACAUAGAACCCGGUUUUAUUAACAAAAUAACUCGAUAACGAUCGUUUUUCGUUGCACUGUCUUAUAAUCCAUGUCAUGUAAACAUCAAAAUUAAAAAAAUCAUUCACAUCGAAUUCAUGAUAUUUCGUAACACACAUGAUGCCGCAAUAGACUUUGUGAUCAUACAGCGAUCACAUAAAAUGUGCGCAAAAUUUUGUUUGACAAUUCCACAAAUGGAUCUGCGAAAUAAAUCAACGAAUAAUGAAUAAUUAUAAUUUAUUGUCAUUAAAAAGAAGCAUAUGCACCAAAUGUUCAUAAUUUUAAGUUAUUACAAUUUCAUAAUGUAAUCAAAUUGAGAUGUACAUUAUUCAUGUACUUGUACGUAAUAAAGAAAUUAAACGUGAGAAAAAAAAGAACGUAACUAACGGAAUGAAAUGUGAAUGUGAGGGGAUGAAAUAACAUCCGAAUCGUAAUAUGAAGAGGAUGGAAAACAAACGAGAAAAAAAA